AUGACUCGUCUUCAUAACAACAAACUGUGGGCUUCUGGCCUCUCGGUUCUUUUCAUCUUGUUGUCGGUGGUUUUGCCAUUCUUCACCGCUAACCCCGCCACUGCCUUGGCUGCCAGCGCCGACGAGGAUGCUGAGGACUACGGCACCGUCAUUGGUAUCGACUUGGGUACCACCUACUCGUGUGUGGGUGUGAUGAAGAACGGUAAGGUUGAGAUCUUGGCCAACGACCAAGGUAACAGAAUCACCCCAUCCUACGUGGCUUUCACUGACGAGGAGAGAUUGAUUGGAGAUGCCGCCAAGAACCAGGCCCCAUCCAACGUCAACAACACCAUUUUCGACAUCAAGAGAUUGAUUGGUUUGGAGUACAGCGACAAGGUUGUCAAGAAGGAGAUCAAGCACAUGCCUUACAAGAUCACCAAGAAGGGCAACAUGCCUGUUGUUUCUGUCCAGGUCAACGGUGAGGACAAGACCUUCACCCCUGAGGAGAUCUCCGGUAUGAUUUUGGGUAAGAUGAAGUCCAUUGCUGAGGAGUACUUGGGCAAGAAGGUUACCCACGCUGUUGUCACUGUUCCAGCCUACUUCAACGACGCUCAACGUCAAGCCACCAAGAACGCCGGUAUCAUUGCCGGUUUGAACAUCUUGAGAAUUGUCAACGAGCCAACCGCUGCUGCCAUUGCUUACGGUUUGGACAAGACCGAGGGUGAGCAUCAGAUCAUUGUCUACGACUUGGGUGGAGGUACUUUCGAUGUCUCUUUGUUGUCUAUUGAGGGUGGUGUUUUUGAGGUCUUGGCUACCGCUGGUGACACCCACUUGGGUGGUGAAGAUUUCGACUACCAACUCGUCAGACACUUUGCCAAGGUUUUCAAGAAGAAGCAUGGUAUUGAUGUUGCAUCCAACCCUAAGGCCAUCGCUAAGUUGAAGAGAGAGGCUGAGAAGGCCAAGAGAACUUUGUCUUCCCAAAUCUCCACCAGAGUUGAGAUUGACUCCUUCGUUGACGGCAUUGACUUCUCUGAGCCAAUUUCUAGAGCCAAGUUCGAGGAAUUGAACAUCGAGGCCUUCAAGAAGACCUUGAAGCCUGUCCAAAGAGUUUUGCAAGAUUCUGGUCUCAAGAAGACUGAUGUCGAUGACAUUGUCUUGGUUGGUGGUUCUACUAGAAUCCCUAAGAUUCAAGAAUUGAUCGAGGAGUUCUUCGACGGUAAGAAGGUUUCUAAGGGUAUCCACCCUGAUGAGGCUGUUGCUUACGGUGCUGCUGUCCAAGCUGGUGUUCUUUCCGGUGAGGAGGGUGUUGAUGACAUUGUCUUGUUGGAUGUUAACCCAUUGACCCUUGGUAUCGAGACCGCUGGUGGUGUCAUGACCAACUUGAUUAACAGAAACACUGCCAUUCCAACCAAGAAGUCUCAGAUUUUCUCCACUGCUGCUGACAACCAGCCAACUGUGUUGAUUCAAGUCUACGAGGGUGAGAGAGCUAUGGUCAAGGACAACAACUUGUUGGGUAAGUUCGAGUUGACUGGUAUUCCACCAGCCCCAAGAGGUGUUCCUCAAAUUGAGGUCACCUUUGCCUUGGACGCUAACGGAAUUUUGAAGGUCGAUGCCGUCGACAAGGGUACCGGUAAGUCCAAGUCUAUUACCAUCACCAACGACAAAUCUAGAUUGUCCAAGGAGGAAAUUGAGAGAAUGGUUGAGGAGGCUGAGAAGUUUGCUGAGCAAGAUGCCGAGGUCAAGGCCAAGAUCGAGUCCAGAAAUACCUUGGAGAACCUUGUUCACUCUACCAAGAAGAGUCUUGGUGAGGACGAGUUCGCUAGCAAGUUGGACGAGGACACCAAGGAGCAAUUGAACGACCUGGUCUCUGAGGCCGCUGAGUUCUUGGAGGACAACUACGACACCGCCACUUCCGAGGAGUUCAUCGAGCAAAAGGAGAAGUUGAUGAAGGUUGUGCAGAAGGCUUCCGAGAAGCUUUACUCUACCACCGGUGAUGUCAACGAUGACGACGAGGAUGUUGAGUUUGGACUUGACUCCGAUGAUGAGCUUGACCACGAUGAGUUGUAA